ACAACAACAACAACAACAACAACAACAACGCGGAGAAGAUGCUGAAGCAAUGGCUAUGCUGCAGUUGCGCCUUGUAGAGACCCAGCGGCAGUUGCGAGAGCUCCAAAUGUACUAUCGUGGGUUCCACCCAUACGGGCCUCCUUGCAGCACUCCCAACACGUCCGCCAAGACCACAGCCACCACAGAGCGGGAACUGGCGCACACACAGCAGGAGAACGUGCAGCUCAAGCGCAAGCUCGGCGCCCUGGAGGCCAUCCUGCAGCUGCAAGAAGCUGAGCUGGCCAGAGGCGUGGAUGCAAGCAGCCAGGACCGCGACGACAAUGACGAUGACGAUGGAGAUGGUGACAACGAAACGCAUCCAGGCAGCGCUGCCCAGCGGGUCCUGCAGAGAUGGCGGGAUGAGGUACUGCGGCACAUGCUGCAUGCAAACUCAAUGACCCUCCGGCUUGAAGACCAGCGACGUGAGCGCCACGCAGAGAUCUGCUCGAUCAAGAAACUCUUGGAUCAGGAACAGCACAAGCGCAAGUUGGCGGAGUUACAGCUGGAAGCAAAGGACGCGGAUGUGGUGCGGUUGCAGCAGCAGCUACAGGACCUGCAACACGACACCGACGCAGCGACGGCGAAAGCGGCAGCAGCGGAGGAGAACAUGCACGAGUGUAAGGAACGGGCGAACACAAUCGCACGCGCAGCAAAACGUGUCACCAAAGACAUGAUGGCAAAACUUGAGCAGACACACAAGGCCCUUGACAAGCUUGGAUUGCUCUCCUAUCGCCUCAAGUUUGCGGAAGGCCGCGUCGCCACAAUUUCGCACUUUCUCAAGUCCAAACGCGGCCACCCGGGUGCCAAGACGCAUGAGCGCUGUGACGAAGCGGCGGCUGAAUGCGCGCAGACGGAAUCCGUCGAUGAGGAGCCGAACGCAUCGCUUCCACAUCGCGCACCGGCAGAUAUGGACUGGGUUGGGCGAUUGGAGGCGGAGGUUGAGCGGGUGACGGCCGAGCGUGAUGCCCUCAGGCGCGAAAACGAAUCUCUCGCACACUCCUUUGACCAACGCGUGAUGCAGUUCAAGCAAGCGUGCGACGAGCGGACGACAGCGCUGGAGCAACAGCUGGCCGAAGCAAACGCGUCCGCGCAGUCCAUGCAAACGCAGAUACAGCGCCUCGCCGCGGAAAUCAAAGAUGCUCGACUUCAGUGCGAACAGAAACAACGCGAGGUGGAAGCGAGCCAGCGCGAGUCAAGGCGCAGCGUUGAGGAGAAGCAGCACGAGCACGAAAUGGCCAUGCAACAGAUGUCAGGGGCCCACAAGCGGCGAGAAGAGGAACUCAUGUCCACGAUUGCGGCACUUGAGCAAGACGCAGCAGCAACGGCGGUCACGAUCAAGCAGCUUGAGCGGAGGCUAGCGCACGACAAGGCGCAGCGGCACGAGCAGCACGAGCAGCAGAUGGCGUCGCUUGAGGGCCGCAUUGCGCAGCUGACAGAUGCACUGCAGCAGGUCACGCAGGAGAGGAACAUGCUCAGCGCACGUGUGCGCGGACGCGCAACAGCAGUAGCUCACGACCCGUGGCAGCAGCAGCAGCAGCAGCAGCAGGAGGAGAGCCAGCAAUGGAGUCAACGAGAAUGCCGCGGUCCUGAUGACGUGCAGCGACCAAAGAUGCAGCAGCGGACAGCUUGUGUGGGCGACGACGAAGACACCGGUGGUGGUGGUGGUGAUGAUGUUCGUGAAGGUGGCCAUUCGUGUGCGCAGCAGUCAACGCUGAACAGCGAUUUGGAGGCGGAAAUCGAUGCUCUCAUGCACGAGCUGCUAUCAUGACGGCGACGGCGGUGGUGGUGGUAGUGGUGGUCGUGGUGGUCGUGGUGGUGGUGGAUCCCACGUGGCUUGUUGGUUCUGCUGAGUCUGUUUGAAUGCGUGUACAUGAGCAGGAGCUUUGACUUAGACUUUUGUUGCUGUUGUACCAGAUAUUCAUUUCACUGCACCCACACUACAACACCUCCCUCCAUACACAGUCGAGACAGCGAGAAAGCACAAAGAA